UGGAAAGGUUGCUCCCCUGCCCAGAACGUUCACGCAUUACCAUGUGCAUGCCUGCAAAGUGAAGGAGAUGGUGUCUGGAAGAGGCUUUUUGCGAUUUGUCCCACACAAGAAGUUGUUCGAAGCCCGCGCUUGAGGAGUUCUGGAGAAGUUUCCCUCUCUCAAGCACAGCACGGCUCACAGCAUGGCUUUCUGCAGAUUCGUCCCCCUGGUGCUGCUCGGCCUCUUGGUGGCCACCGUGCACACAGAGACGGUUGGAGACCCUGCUCCGACUCUGCAAGGGGACAACCAGGACACUGUGUCUGGAGGAGGAGCCUAUGACAUCACUACCAAAGACCCCUACCAAGACAUGACGGAGAGAUCCUUCACUUACGACUACGAUGACACCACACACACCCAAACCAUUGAGGAGGAGGAGGGAGUCCUGGGACCAGGGGCCAUCACAGCCAUUGUCAUAGCAGUCUUCCUGGGGGCGUCAGUCCUUCUGGCGCUCAUUGUCAUCACACUCAGGAAGUUCACCUCUUCUUAAAAACAAUACCUCCUGUCUGUAUCCUGUGGCUGAGUGAGUGUGGGUUUGGGCUUGUGUGUGUGUGUGUGUGUGUGUGUGUGUGUGUGUGUGUGUGCGCGUGUGUUGCGUGUGGGUGCAUGUAUAUGUGUGUGUGUUUCCGUCUUUCUCGCCACCCACAUCCAACUCUUGUCUGCAUGCUACAUGACUUCUUCCUCAUGCACUUUUCCUCUAUAUAUCUUACUCUUAUAGGCACACACACACACACACACACAUACACACACACACACACACACACACACAAUCAUAAACCCUCAGUCGCUAUCUCUCCUACUGGGAUGAGUAGGGGUACAUCUCUUGCUCCACUCUGGAGGCUGAAGAAUGUGGCGGGUCCCUUUAUCCAGAAGAAGUAGCUGAAAAACGACUAGGAUUCAUCCCUCCAUCCAUGCUUAAAUCGUGGCUCACAUUUGGAGACUAAAGUUACGACGUUUUCGAAACUGGCUGGUUCCUCCAGUGUAAAAAUUACAGCAUAUCCCUGUCGUAUGCUUGUUCUUUUGUUUCUCUUGUUUGUUUGUUUUUUAAACCUUUACUUGUAAUUUUCCAGUUGUUGAUAUUUUGAGUCGGUGUCAAAAAUGUUUGUCUGGCUUUGUGGUCCGUUUUGUAGAUGCCUCCUUUUUUGUAGAUUUUUUUGGGGGGGGGGUAUGUGUCAUGCCUGUGUUAGCUUCUGUUUUUACACCUAAUGUGCUUGCAUGACACGGGCACCUCCACAGACGGGACGCGAACCCGUGUCUCCCACUCCGCAAGCGACAACAUUAACCAGUCGACUAAGGGGUUCGACCCGUCAGUCAAGGGCCAACGUGUCUACUUAUCCAUGCACGUUACACUACAUUUUCCGUGAAUGUAAACAGGAUGGCUGGCGUGUUUGCUUCACUCGCAAAUGGUAACGUAAACUGAAAAGUGUACAUGGCGGGAUUUUGUGUAUGCCCUCUUAAAAAUAUGCGCGUGUUUGGCGUCCGGGUAGCGUAGCGGUCUAUUCCGUUGCCUACCAACACGGGGCUCGGCGGUUCGAAUCCCCAUGUUACCUCCGGCUUGGUCGGGCAUCCCUACAGACACAAUUGCCCGUGUCUGCGAGUGGGAAGCCGGAUGUGGGUAUGUGUCGUGGUCGCUGCACUAGCGCCUCCUCUGGUCGGUCGGGGUGCCAGUUCGUGGGGGGGAGGGGGAACUGUGAGGAAUAGCGUGAUCCUCCCAUGCGCUACGUCCCCCUGGUGAAACUCCUCACUGUCAGGUGAAAAGAAGCGGCUGGCGACUCCACAUGUAUCGGAGGAGGCAUGUGGUAGUCUGCAGCCCUCCCUGGAUCAGCAGAGGGGGUGGAGCAGCAACCAGGACGGCUCGGAAGAGUGGGGUAAUUGGCCAAGUACAAUUGGGGAGAAAAAGGGGGGGAAACAUAUAUAUUUGCGUGUGUUUUUUUUCUUUUGACAUUGUUGUGACUGUUUGCAGGGCCAGGGUGACACAUACGUAGAUUGUCAACUAUUUGCCUCUUAGAAGCUGCCAUUUUCUGUAUGCUUCAGUGUCAUCGCCAAAGCAUGCAAAGUUAACUUCCUCUAGCAGCAUCACCCACUCACAUUGUUUGAC